AUGGAUACUGAAGAAUUUCUUUCAGAAGUUAGACCUUGGAAAAAAUCUUUAGAUUAUGUUGAUCCGGAUUUUUAUACUCAAACACUUGAAAUUCGUCAAUUACCUUUUAUUGAUGUUACUUCUAAAUUUUUAUCUUUAUUAUUAGAAGAUAAUAAAAUUAUUAAAGAAAUUGAUUCUAAUUUAAUUACCCCUUCUGAUGCUACUUUAAUAUCAAAUUGGAUUCAUGAAGUUUCAAUUAAUGGUAUAAAUAAUUUUCCUCAUCAAAAUUUUCCUCAAUAUGAAUUUAAAUUAUUAAUACGUGGUACUAGGGAUGGUUUCGCUUCUGAAGAAUUUCAUACUAAAUGUGAUGAAAAAAGUCCAACUAUAACAAUUUUAAGAGUUGAAAAUACUGGUGAAAUAUUAGGUGGUUAUAAUCCAAUUAAUUGGCAUUCAAAUGUUUUAGGAAAUUAUAGUCCAACAAAUUCUUCUUUUAUUUUUUCUCUUGGUGAUAAAGUAUUUAAUUAUGAUCCUAUUUUAUCAAAAAUUUCAAAUUCUUCUAAAGCUAUUUAUCAAAGUGAAUCUUAUGGUCCUUGUUUCGGUGGUGGUUAUUCUGAUUUAAGAUUAUUUGGUUCUAAUUUUAAAGAUAAUUGUGAAUGUAGAUGUGUUAAAACUAGUUAUGAACAUAAAAUUAGGGAUAGUGAAGAUGAAUUUUCUAUUGAUGAAUAUGAAGUUUUUCAAAUUGUUCCUAUUACUACUAAUCCAAAAAGGAAAAAAUGGUCAAUUUUAAGUUCUUCGUAA